AGCAGCCAUGGAGUCUUCCAUACCCUCUGACAAUACUUCCAAAACCAAACCUCAAAUAACCUUCCAGGUGCACCCUCGAGCAGAUGCCAUUCGCUCCAAGCUGAUUUAUACUUUUUACCUGAUUGACCACCUGAGAGGGCUGAGCCAUGCUGUGCCCCGUCACAACAUACGAGAUUUCCUAGACCCCAAGAAAAGAAAAAAGCUCAUGCUCACAGACCACCACCAGUUGGUCCGAUUUAAUGUGAUGCCUAUCCGGAAUGUUACAGUCACACAAGAAAAACGCUGGCGCAACCGUAUUGAGGUGCGAAGCAGCCGCUGGCCCCCCUUCGCCCUGUGGGCUUCUUUUGUCUUGAACAGCAAAAUGUUCAAUAGCUUCAUCAUCUUCCUC